GAAAGCCGGUCAGUCGGCAAUCUCACCAAGUGCCUACAAUACGCGUUAAUCUCGCCAAGAAAAAAAGUGUAACAACAUUUAUUAUAUGGUGUCCGUACAUAAAAUAAAAAUAAAACCAUGGAAGUAAACGAUUCGGAAAAAUGUCACCUACCAUACCCUUCGGGUCCUUUUGCGACGGGAUGUAUUGACCUAAUGACUGAGUACAGCCCGGAAGGAUGUUUUGCAAGGAUAUUUUACCCGACAGAUAUUCCAUCCGAACAGAUAAACGAAUAUUCGGAUAAAUGGAUGCCAUGGAUGCCGAACGAGACAUAUUUAAGAGGAUUUGCGAGCAGCCUCCGGAUACCCUUUUUCGUGUUCAAAUACGGACCGUAUUUGAUAAGACAAAAACCUCACUAUAUACCCACCAUUUGCGACGCGCCGUUGUCCAAAGCUCUCGAGUCCUAUCCCUUGCUAGUGUUUUCCCAUGGAUUCGCAGCUACCAGAUUCGUUUGCUCGGAGUACUGUAACUCGAUAGCGUCUCACGGUUUUAUCGUUGUCGCCAUCGAACACAGGGAUACAUCAGCGCCAGCUACGUUCUACUAUGAUUCUCCAGAGAGCGUAAAAAACGACCAAUGCACGUGGGUGGACCACGUACACUUGCACCAAAUAUGCGAUAACGAUCAUUACCUAUUGCGAAAUAAACAAUUAAAAUACAGAUUCAAGGAAAUGGAAAAACUUUUAGACACACUUUCUGAAAUCAAUAACGGUGCUCCUGUUGAAAAUAUAAUUAAUUAUAGCUUCGACUUAGAACAGUUCAAAGGUAAACUGAAUUUCAACAAAGUUAUUGUGGCGGGAUAUUCAUUCGGCGGAUCUACCGCUAUGUACACUGCAGCGAACGACAAACGUAUUAAGACCGCUGUUAUUAUUGAUGGUUGGAUGUUCCCGAUCAAAUCUGAACCGUUUUUGAAUAUUGAUCAACCUAUUCUAUUCAUUAACUCUCAAACAUUUCAUAUACCUUCAAACAUAUCCGUACUUCGAAAGUAUUUUAAUUCCAAAGGAAUUCGUCAGUUGUACACGUUGAAGAAUACUACUCAUGAGAGCCAUACGGAUACUCCCUACAUUUGGGGUUAUUGGUUAGAUAUAAUCAUGUGGAAAAAAUUGGAUCCGGAAACUGCGUUGAAAAUACAAAGCUACUUGACAAUACGAUUUUUACGAGAUCACGCCGGUUAUCCGACAAAUGCCGACAGUGCGCAAAUAUACUUAAAGGAACACAGCGACGACAUAACUGACGAUUUUAUCAGUUACACGAAAACGAUAAAAAGAAAAAUGGGCAUUUUCUGGUGAAUUCCCGUGGAAGUCAAAUUAUUUUAACCUAUUAUUUUGACAAUGGUGUAAUUAUUAACUUGAUGUGAUAAAUAUGAACUCAUUUAUACGAUAAAUAUAUACUUCAUUUGCAUAUAAAAUUGUUAAAUAGUUAAGUUUUUGUCGUAAUUAAAAUGAACUGUGAAGUACAAA